UUGAUUGCGGUGCUGUCUAGGUACUGGGUACAAGUAUAGAGAUGAUGGAUAAGCACGGAAUGACCCCUCUAAUGCACGCGGCCUGGAAAGGAACUGAAUCAAUGUUAUCCUAUCUACUCAAGCAAGAUACAUUAUUUAUUCUAUUUGAUUUUAGAAUGUUACUGGAGGCAGGUGCAAAAGCUUAUCAUAUUAAUUCAGUUAACAGAACUGCAGCUGCGAUGGCUGCGUUUGUCGGUAACCACGAGUGUGUGUCUGUCAUUAACAAUUUUGUACCUAAAGACGACGUUUGGUAUUAUACUAGACUGCAACCGCUGGAAGAUGAACCUAAACUGCCGGCUAAACUAGCCCAUCCACUUUACAAGAUGGUUAUGAGUAUGAAUACACACCCUGUCAGAAUAUCAAUGAUAGUCCGAGCUGACCCUCUUCUGCUGGAAAACCUGGACAAGGUGACUGCAGUCCUGGAGCUGAUGUCGGACAAGGAGUUCAAGCACCGCUACGACGUCAAUGAGAUCCUCAGUCUGAAGUUCCAUAUGAUCAAAUAUAUACUAAAGGUCACAAAGUUCGAAAAAAUAUUGAUUUUUUGCACAAAAAUCUUUUUUCGUAGAUUUCCGGUUCAUCAGGAGAAUUUUCUGCGCCAGGGAAUUAAAGAAUUUCCGUUUCCGGAGUCCACGCUUUUCAAAAUGUUAGUAACCAACUUCUCUCACUGCAAGACCUACGGUGAAGGGCAGACGGCAGCUGAGUACAUCAAUGGCGCUUUUAACGGACAGAAGGGAUUUAAAGAUUAUGAGAACUGUGGAACCUGUGGGGAGGAAAAAGCUGAGAAGAAAUGUACAGCCUGUAAAUCCAUCUCCUACUGUAAUCAGGAUUGUCAGAAGUUGCAUUGGUUUAUGCACAAGAAGUUUUGCAAAUCUCUCAGGGAAGCGUUUGACAAGAGAGAGAAAGAAGCUAAGGAAUCGGAGAAAUUGGAGAAAAAAGAAGAAAAGUAGUUUGGUCCAUUUUGUAACAGCUGUUGUCCGCCAUUUCAAUUCAGCUAAUGGAUAAUGUGCACCAUUUAUCAAAUAUUUUUUUAUGUCUGUCUACCAUUUUGUCAAACAGAUGCUCUUAAUGAACAGCUGACAUUUUCGCCAUUUUGAAAUCCUGUAAUCCGCCAAAGUAUGGAAAUCAUCUGAUUGUUUCAAUGUAUAUUGCUUAUUAAUAGGGCAUUUUUAUUUAAGGUUCUUGGCAUUUCUUUGAUUGCCAUUUAAUGUUAAACUGCUUUUUGCCAAAUUUAAAAAAUGUUUAAUUGAUUCUGUUUUAUAUUUUAGUUAUUUUUAUACCUAUAUCUUUUAACAUCUUAUCAUUGAUUAUUUAUUUAAUUUCCAUGCAAACGUCAAUAAAGAUGAUUUUGUUGUUUUUU